AGAAAGGAAGCAAAAACCCUUUGGCCAAAUAUCAGCGGCAGCCUCCGCAGUAGGGUUUUUACUCUUCACUUCUUUCUCUUCAAUUUCGAUAGCAACAACUCCAACUCACGCGAGUUAACCAUGGCGCAAUCCCUAGAAUUGUUGUUGAUUCAAUUCCUAAUGCCAGACAACGAUGCAAGGAGGCAGGCGGAGGAUCAAAUUAAGAGGUUUGCGAAGGAUCCGCAAGUCGUCCCGGCUCUCGUUCAGCACCUUCGCACUGCAAAGACUCCCAACGUCCGUCAGCUCGCCGCGGUACUCUUAAGGAAGAAGAUCACUGGACACUGGGCUAAGCUUGCUCCUCAGGUUAAGCAACUUGUCAAGCAGUCCCUUAUCGAAAGUAUCACAAUGGAGCAUAGUCCACCUGUGAGGCGAGCCAGCGCGAAUGUCGUUAGUAUUGUUGCGAAAUAUGCAGUUCCAGCUGGAGAGUGGCCUGAUCUGCUGCCAUUUUUGUUCCAGUGUAGUCAGAGUCAGCAAGAAGAUCAUCGGGAAGUGGCAUUGAUCCUUUUCAGUUCGUUGACUGAAACAAUUGGGAGCACUUUUAGACCUCAUUUUGCAGAGCUGCAAGCACUUUUGCUCAAGUGCCUGCAGGAUGAGACGAGCAAUCUUGUCAGAGUUGCUGCUCUAAAGGCAGUGGGGUCAUUUCUCGAAUUCACAAAUGAUGGGGCUGAAGUGUCUGCUAUUCAAAUAAUUUCAUGGCUGGCUAAGUUCAAAGCUAAUUCUCUAAAAAAGCAGAAACUUGUUACAUCUAUUCUGCAAGUAAUGUGCCCUUUGCUAGCAGAAUCAUCCAAUGAUGAAGAAGAUGAUGAUCUUGCUCCUGAUCGAGCUGCUGCAGAAGUUAUUGACACAAUGGCCUUGAAUCUCUCUAAACAUGUCUUCCCUCUUGUGUUUGAGUUUGCUUCUGUAAGCAUCCAGAAUGCAAACCCAAAAUUUAGGGAGGCUUCUGUCACAGCUUUUGGUGUUGUUUCAGAGGGUUGUGCAGAGCAGAUGAAGGAUAAGUUGGAGCCUGUUCUUCAGAUUGUUUUAGGGGCAUUGAGGGAUCCUGAGCAAAUGGUUAGAGGGGCUGCUUCUUUUGCAUUGGGCCAAUUUGCGGAACAUUUGCAGCCAGAAAUUAUAUCUCAUUAUGCCAGCGUUCUUCCCUGCAUUCUCAAUGCUUUGGAGGAUGUCUCUGAUGAAGUGAAGGAAAAGUCAUAUUAUGCUUUGGCAGCUUUUUGUGAAGAUAUGGGCAUGGAAAUCCUACCUUUUCUUGAUCCUUUAAUGGGAAAGCUAAUGGCUGCCCUCCAAAAUAGUUCACGAAAUUUGCAAGAAACAUGCAUGUCUGCAAUUGGUUCCGUUGCAGCUGCUGCAGAGCAAGCUUUCAUUCCAUAUGCUGAAAAGGUUCUGGAGCUGAUGAAAGUAUUCAUGGUUCUUACCAAUGAUGAGGACUUGCGUGCCAGAGCAAGAGCUACUGAGCUUGUCGGAAUUAUUGCAAUGUCAGUUGGAAGAACAAGGAUAGAGCCAAUAUUACCUGCUUUUGUAGAAGCUGCUAUAUCUGGAUUUGGAUUAGAAUUCAGUGAACUGCGUGAGUACACUCAUGGGUUCUUCAGCAAUGUUGCUGAAAUUAUGGAUGAUGGCUUUGUAAAGUAUCUUCCUCAUGUGGUUCCCCUGGCAUUUUCAUCCUGCAAUCUUGAUGAUGGGUCUGCAGUAGACAUUGAUGAAUCUGAUGAUGAGAAUAUUAAUGGUUUUCGUGAUGUCUCAUCGGAUGAUGAAGCUCAUGAUGAACCAAGGGUUAGAAAUAUCAGUAUACGAACAGGUGUAUUGGAUGAAAAGGCAGCUGCAACUCAAGCUCUUGGCUUAUUUGCCCAGCAUACAAAAAGCUCUUUUGCUCCCUAUUUGGAGGAAACAUUGAAGAUUUUGGAGAGACAUUCUGGGUAUUUUCAUGAAGAUGUGAGGCUUCAAGCAAUUAUUGCUUUGAAACAUAUUUUGACAGCAGCACAUGCAAUCUUUCAGUGCCAUAAUGAUGGGUCUACGAAGGCAAGAGAAGUGCUUGAUAUGGUGAUGAAUAUCUAUAUCAAGACUAUGACUGAAGAUGAUGACAAGGAAGUUGUUGCAAAUGCGUGUAUGAGCAUAGCUGAUAUAAUCAAGGAUUAUGGUUAUAUGGCUCUAGAGCCUUAUAUGUCUCGGCUUGUGGAUGCAACUUUGACGUUGCUUCGAGAGGAAUCAGCUUGUCAGCAAUUAGAGAAUGGGAGUGAUGUAGAUGAUGAGGAUGAUACUGAACAUGAUGAAAUCCUUAUGGAUGCAGUUUCUGAUCUUUUACCUGCAUUUGCUAAGUCAAUGGGUUGUCACUUUGCUCCUAUAUUUGCAAGACUAUUUGAACCUCUGAUGAAAUUUGCAAAAGUUUCACGGCCUCCUCAAGAUCGAACCAUGGUGGUUGCUUGUCUUGCUGAAGUUGCUCAGGACAUGGGUGAUCCAAUUGCAGGCUAUGUUGAUAGAUUGAUGCCGUUGGUGCUUAAAGAGUUGGCAUCAUCAUCAGCAACAAAUAGAAGGAAUGCUGCAUUUUGUGCUGGAGAGCUGGCCAAAAAUGGAGGGGAGUCAGCUUUGAAAUAUUACAAUGAUAUACUGCGUGGGCUUUACCCAUUAUUUGGGGAAUCCGAGCCAGAUGAUGCUGUCAGGGAUAAUGCAGCUGGUGCUGUUGCAAGGAUGAUAAUGGUGCAUCCACAAUCCAUCCCUUUGAACCAGGUUCUUCCUGUUUUUCUGAGAGUUCUUCCACUAAAAGAAGAUCAUGAGGAGUCCAUGGCUGUGUAUAAUUGUGUUUCCAUGCUUGUUUUGUCAUCUAACCCCCAGGUAUUUGUCUUUACUUCCGAGUUGGUAAAUAUUUUUGCUCAAGUUCUGGUGUCUCCAUCUGAAACUUCUGAAGUUAAAACUCAAGUUGGAGGGGCAUUUUCUCACCUACUUUCGCUUUACGGACAAGAGAUGCAACCCUUACUAAGCAACCUUCCACCCGCACAUGCUAAUGCCCUUGCUGCAUUUGUCCCGAACAGCUGAUAUCUGAUUCCUUGAGCCUGAAAUGUUUGUUUAUCAAAGAAAAUGGUAAAUCCCUAUUUUUUUGGCUGAGAGGUAUUUGUUCAUGCCGGUUCGAUUUCAGCACCGGUUUCAUUUUCCGGGUUGAAGUUGCUGCUUUUUUUUUCUUCUUUGAUGUGUGUUU